AGCCUUCCAUUCCAUCACAAGUUGCUAAACUCUCCAAUUUCUUGCCAAUUUUCUCAUAGGUUUUAAUUUUCCGGGAAAAAAUGUCAUCUUUGGGCACUUCGAAGGGGAUCCUAGAGAUUGCCAAGUUUGGAGUGUAUGUCACUGUCCCCAUCGUUCUUAUGUACGCCUUCGCCAACAAUACCAAGAACAUCCAGAAGUUCAUGGGGAAUAGGUCAUACGUUGAAUAUCCCCCAGAAGCACCAAGGCCACCACCACCCGAGGAACUUCGGGAGAUGGCGCGGGAGCUGGCUCGUAAAAGGAACAAUACCUGAUGCUCCUUGUGGUUGGUUUUGCCGUAGGGGUUAUUUACUAGUAUCACUGAUUACACAGUUAAAUGUGUUAUUAUUGUGUGUAAUGAUAAAUUAUAAAUUACUCUGAAUAAAAAGAAUUUUUUUUUUCUUCCCCCUUAUAUAGUUUGGCCUGUGAAACCCUUUAGAGAUCAAGUUCAUGUGUAAAGGCGAGAUUUGAUUUUUGAUCCUUACAAUCAACUGCAAA